ACGUAACGGGGUCAAAGGUAAUUUCGUACGUCUGCGUGAUCAUUUGGCGCCAGCAGAUUUCGCGGGGUAAACGCUGCGUGGAAAGGCGCCGCCGAAGAACCGAGAAAAAAUACGAAGUUGGAGGCUGCCUCCGGAGCACCAGGGGCCCGCAGUGGGGGCAGCGGUCGGUGAAGUGAACCGCGCUUUAGAAGAGGUGGGUCAUAAUGAUGGCGACGGCAGGGCCCUCCACUUUCUCCAGCUUCCUGCCUCUGUUGGAGAUUCUGGAGGACAGCAGCGCUGGACAGUCGGAGCAGACGGAUGCCUACCUCACCAUCGCCAUUCGGCUCGGUGGAGAAGAAGGCCGCCAGUUUCUGCCAACAGUUGAGAAGAACUUUAGUCGUCUGUGUAAAGUGUUACUGGACCACAUGACCAGUCCCAAUGCCGAACUGAGCCAGGCCGCGCUACAGGCUUUAGGGUUUUGUGUGUACCACUCCCACGUCGUCGCUGGAGUCUCUGAGACGUUUGCAGCACAGAUACUGUCGGCACUUUGUUCCCUUGUGACUAAAUCAACUGAUAAGAACACUUGCACCAGAGCAUUAUGGGUCAUCUCCAAGCAGAACUUCCCUGCAGAUGUAGUCGCCAAACAUGUGUCGUCGGUGCUGAGUUCUCUGGAGAGCGUGUGGAGCAGGGAGGACCUUCAGUCGGUGGUGAUGGAGCAUGAAGCCCUCAACGUCAUCAUCAGGAUGCUGGAUCAGGUCCCGACCCAGAUGGGUGACAGGGCGGUGCAGUGGGUGAAGCUGGUGGUCCCUUUGGUGGUGCACUCUGCCUCCAAGGUGCGUCUGCGCGCUGCUUCGGCCUUGGAGAUGGGCAUGCCUCUGCUCCUGGCCAAGCAGACGGAGGUGGCUGCUGUCAUCGAACCAAUGAUGUGCUCCAAACUGAUCCCGGAGCUGCAGAAGCUUUUCACCUCCAAGAAUGAAACAAACGUGCUGAAGCUCUGGUCGUUGUUUGUCAAGCUGCUUGGGAAGCUUCUGCACAGAGGAGGUCCGUUCAUCAACGCUCUGCUGUAUCUAGAGGAGCUGGGUUUCCGCAGCUCCUCUCCCACCAUUAAGAAGAUUGCCUUCAUCGCCUGGAAGAGCCUCAUCGAUAACUUUGCUCUUAAUCCAGAUAUUCUGUGCAGUGCCAAGCGCAUGAAGCUCCUCAUGCAGCCACUCCUGUCCAUCCAAGUCAGGACGGAAGCCCUGCUGCUCACUAAGGUGGAGGUGUGGUGGUACCUGGUGGUGCAGCUGGGACCCAACCUGUCCUCUAACUUUGAUCAGGUUUCCGCGCCUCUACUUCAGUCCACCAUUGGCUCUGACCCCUCCGCUGUUCCUGGCACACCUUCUCGUGCAGCCGCUCAAAAUGGAGCCAUCGUACCCAGCACGCCAAAGUCUGCAGGAAGCUCCAGCUUCAACAGCCCAGCCAGGUCCCCUUGGUUCAGCCUGAACUCCAGCAUGCAGAGUUCCACCAACUUCUCCUCCAUCCAGCUGCUGGGCCUGGAGAUGCUGCUCCACUACUUCCUGGGUCCGGAGGUCAUUGCUGUUGCAGCAAAGAACAAGCUAGUUCUGAGCCUGGAGCCCUUACACCACCCGCUGCUGACCGGUGCUUCCUCCUUUAUGAAACACGCCGCCGUGCUCGUCUCCAGCAUCAAAGAUGGAUUCAUCAACUCUGGCAAAGAAGCUCCAGAGCCCCUGUUAGCCGUCAUCUGGACUAGUCUGGUCCGGUUUGUCAGCAUGGCCAUAGAGACUGGCAGUAAGAAGGAUCGCCAGGGCUGUGAGGUGCUGACGCUGAUGCUUCAGGCGCUGCAGAACAUCGUAGCUUCACGGGCUCUGCCUGCAGACAAAGUCCUGGUUCUGUUUGAGGCCACAGUGACGGGCAUCCCACAGAAAGUUCUGGGCUCUCCUUCCUACCAAGUGGGCAAGAUGGACGUGCUAAACGGUACUCCGUCUCUCUUCCUCAUCCUCCUCCUCCUCGACAGCCACCUGCUGCCGACCGUCAUAGAGGACGAGAAGUUCUUUCGCUGCCUGCAGCUGCUGGUGUCCUGUGGCCUGUCGGGUCCUACCUCCCCUCUGGCAUUUACAGAGACGGUGCUAGGCGCCAUCGGGCACAGCGCCGGGUCCCUGCAGAACAAGGAGCAGCUGUGGAGAUUGUGGGCCGUUAUCGUCGGCCCGCUGACCGACAGCAUCACACAGUCUAAUGAGGUAAACCAAGGCGAUGCUCUGGAGCACAACUUCAGCACCGUGCAUUCUGCUCUGAUGUUUCCGGUCCAGCACCUCCUCUGUGGACCGCCGCUCCCACAGGCAGCCCAGAGGUCGAUGCUGUCCUCGUGGGCCAAGCUGUACAAGGUUUUUGCUCGCUGCUCCGCUCUGGUGGCCACGGCCGAGGAGAACGUCUGCUGUGAGGAGUUUUGUUCAAAGAUGGCCGCCGUGGUGGACCGAGAGGUGUUGGCGGUUCCUGCAGCUUUGAGCGCUGUUGCCAGUAUCCUGCAUGUCAUGGUGGAGUGUGUGGACUUCUCCCCGUACACUCCUCACUUUCAACAAAAGCUGAAGUCCCCUCACACUCCUGUGAACUGGGUGCGGAAGCAGAGCAAAGCCCUGAGGAACCUGUCUACCUUCCUGACCCUGCUGGUGGAGUGUCUGCAGGUGUACCUCCACUCCCCAGACCCGUCCUCUGAGCCCACUGGCUUGGCCCUGGUUUCCAUCCUGUCGGCCCUCUUCACCAACCUGGUCCUCACCAACGCUGUCCAGGAGACGCUGAGCCUCCUGAUGGAGACCCUCGUCCUGUUCUACAAACAAGCUGCCAGCGAACCUCCCAAGUUCACCCCUCGUGUUCUGGAGAAGCUGGAGAAGCUUCUGGGUGAAGUCCUUAGCUGCCUGCAGACCCGCGCUGCGUUAGCCUUCAGCGAUGAGCUGCUGGCCCUGCUGUCGCCUCUGCUCUGUGUGCUGUUUCCUCACAAGAACAAACACCUACGCCUGUUGGUCACUCAGUUCUGGAACGCCACCUUCGCCUCCUGCCUCAGCCUGACGUACCCAGAGGAAAUCAGGCCGGUCCUGAGCCAGGUGAAGCAGAAGACUCCCAUCAUCCUCCCUGGCUUUGAGGCCGUUGGCGUUCCAGAGGAGCUCAGUGGAUCUUACUCGAGUGAAAACUCUCAGAUGGAGACCAAACUCAGCGGGGUGCCCAUUUCUUCCACGAGAAAAAGAGAUUCUCUUCUGGGCAAGGCUGCAGAGCAAGAGAGCCAGAUCUCCACCAGAACGUCCAAAUCCGUUUCUACUAAACUGGACUUUGGUUCUCCCAAACCUCCACACAGACCGUCGCUCCUGGAAGAAGAAGAUUCAGUCGAUUUUGUCUUCAUUCCCCCUGAGACCAAAGAGCGGGUGCUGACGGAGCACCAGAAAGAGAUGAAGAGGACCAAAAGGGUGGACAUUCCUGCCAUGUACAACAACCUGGAUGCGUCUCAGGACACGAGCGUCUUUACUCGGUACACCCAGAGCCAGGAGGACUCGGACAACAGUGUUGUGGCUGAACCGGAGAGCAGCACUGCUAAAGAGGAGGUUCCUCACAAAGACCAACAGAUGAAUGACGCUCUAACAAAGGAGACCCAAGACGAUGCAAGCCCUACGACUGGUGGAGCGAUGGAGAUCCAGCUGCAGGAGGACAUCAUCCCAGACUCCUCACACACGCCAGGAGGUGGCGGGGGGGUGGACGAUGGCGACGCAGACGAUAAAGCGAGUCCAAACACAUCCGCUUCUUCAGAUUUGGUUUCAGGGACUCCUCAGAAGUCCAGCAGUCGGCGGCAGUCGUUCAUCACUCUGGAGAAGUAUGGCGAGGGGAAACCUGCCAGCCCCAGCAGUGUGUCCUCCUUCACCGGUCCUCUAGUUAAGACCUCUAGCAGCCCGGACCACUCCAGCACCACCAACACGCUGGCCAGUGAGGCCCCCCAGGACUCGGCUCAUAUAGAGUCUAGUCCUCAGGUCCUGCUGGGCGAGUCUCCUCAGAGGCCUAAAGACUCCAGGACAGAGAGUGAGCCUGUGAGACUGCAAAGAGACUCCGCUGAGGAUGAGGAUGUUAUCCCUGACACACAGGCUGAAGGUCAGGAUGGCACAACUCCGAUGGAAGAACCCGAACCCUCCAUCCAGGAGCACACACCCUCACCAGAGGCUUCUCACUCACCUUCAGAGGAGCCGAGGAGAUCCGGACGCCACAGAGUCAGACCGCAGCUCCCUGGAGAAGAUCCGGUGGAACGAGAGGCAAAGGUCAAACCCAAAGAGUCUGGAGAAGAUCUGAAAAAGGAAUCUCCUAAAAUAUCACCCAGGGGACCAAAUACCAGGAGUAGACAGGUUGCCGAGGAGAACAGCCCCAGAGACCGGCUGCGAUCACGGACUCUCAGAACCUCCGGAGAACUGAGCCAGCCCAGCUCUCUGGGUAGACCUCGAAAGAAGAUCCGACUCUACAGUAACUCCGCAGACUUCCUGGAUUAUCCUGAACACAAGAGGAGCUUAGAGUCCAAUCAGAGUGACGUCCAAUCAGAAACACUCUCUAGAUUUGAAGGCCGAAAAAGACGUGGCCGGCCGAGCAAGUCACCAAAGGAGACGGAGGUUAAGAAGGUCAGAGGUGGGUCCGGCCAGGCUGUUGUAGAGGACUCUGUAGAGUUUAGUAACAAACAGGAUGGAGGUCCAGAGACGGACAUGAAGAUCCAACUGGUAGAGAGGACCGCCACAGAGUCCGGUGCACAGGAAGACACCGCCACUGAUCAGUCCCUCGACCGAACACCAAACACGUCAGUAAGUGAGGAGAUGAUUAAAGAUGAACCCCAGACGGAAGAUUCUGUAGGAGAAGACCUGAGUCAAGAGGACUCUCAGGUCAUGAGUCAAGAGGACUCUCAGGUCAUGAGUCAAGACGACUCUCAGGUCAUGAGUCAAGACGACUCUCAGGUCACACCUUCGUCUCUCAGUGGUCAGUCCAAACGAAGAUCCAGACGGGUAAAGUCCUCUGAAGCAGCAGACUCUGGGAACAAAGGGGACAGCGACGUCUCAGUGAGACAACUGAGGAGUUGGCAGAGCUCCACACCCACCAGUCAUGCCAAAGGAAAGACCAGAAGAAGGAAGAUGUUAGAGUUCAGUCCUGGCUUCGUCGCCAGCAGACGUCAGUCGUCACAGUCUUCUGAGUCCGAGUCUUCCCAAAGCAGGGCUAGGUAUUCAAAAAAGAGGUCUUUACCUGCACCAGAGGCCAGUUCAGAGUCCUCCCCGCUCCAGGAGAACUCGCCUGUUCUUCUAAAGAAGUCCAGAAAGCCCAGAGCGUCUCUGCAGAAUCCUCCUACACCUGAGUUGAAGGAGGAAGAAGCUGCUUUGGAACAGGUCUGCGUUUCUCUGAGUUCAGAAGCUAAAGUAGAAGAAUUACAAACUCCAGAUUUACGCGAAUCACAGCAGACUGAGGAGAACGUAGAAGAGCUGAUGGAGGAGGAGACGGCUCAGAAGGAACCUGAAACUGAAGACCUGAAACAGAGCAGCACGUCUGCAGGGGAUGAUGUUGGUGCUCCCUCUCAGGAAGUGGACAUGCGGGAACAUGAGGACGCUGUCCCUCCUGAUGAGACGCCAGCAGACCUGUCUGAGGUGACUUCAGAGAAUCUGAUGGAGGAGUCGGUGCACCACAAACCUGCAGGGGUGGAACCAGUUCAAGAUGACCAAACGCAGGGCCAGGAGGAGCAGUCCUCGGAGCAUACUUCAGAUGCCCACACUGAGGAGGACCGAGACAGUGGAGCGGAGACAGGACGGUUAGAUUCUGACACCUCAGGCUCCUCAGAAGGAGGUGUCAGAGGCAUCAAGAACUCUCCAUCCAAACAGAAGGACCAGGAAACCGGAGCAGACUCGAGUCCCAGCAAUGGACAAGGCAGAGUGACGUGGUCUCCAUCAGCUUCCCCCUCUACCAGUAUUCUGAAAAAGGGCCAGAGGAGGUCUUUGGUGGAGGAGGUGACCUCCCCUCUCGUUAAGCAGUCCAGACGGGUCUCCUUCGCUAAUCCCAUCCAGCAGCAGGAGACGGCUGAUGACAUCGAUCGGCGCAGCCCUGCAGUCAGAACCAGCUCCCCCAGAAGGUCCAGAGUCAGCGGCAUACCACAGCUGAAGCAAAUCACCACUCCAACGAAGGGCGUGGUGGUCCUGAGCCCACGAACUCUGCACAGCCCCGGCUACAGGAGCUCCAAGAAGUCUCUGAUCUCUGAGCUGAGCCAGGAGCCUCGAGCCGUCCCCAGUGACUGCAUCUACCCUGCGCUGGUGGGCUGCUCGGCCCCCGUGGAAGCCGUCCUGCCCCACUUAUCGUCCACCAUGUGGUCUCGCGGCUUCGGGCAGCUCGUUCGCUCCAGAAACAUCAAAACGGUGGGUGACCUCAGCGCUCUCACUCCCACCGACAUCAAGACUCUGCCCAUUCGGUCCCCAAAGAUUUCCAACGUCAAAAAGGCCCUGAAGAUUUACGAGCAGCAGCGGAAAGGGCGAGGAGGAGACGAGCUGAAGAGUUUUGACGAAAUGGAGAUGAUGACAUCUGAGCUAGAGGAGACGAGUGCUCCUGAGAACCAGAAUGAGGUGGAGGAGGCCUCGGGAGAGACGGGAGCCACAGAGGUCACGGACAAGUCGAGCGCAGACGAGGAUGCCACUGCAGCUCCUGACGGGCCAGCGGGGGGCCAGAGACCAGAGGAAGCCGUGCACCCUGACAGGCUGGUAUCGGCCGUGGAGGCUCUGACCUGCAGGAUGACGCCGCUCGAACUUAGUUGCUGCACGCCGCAGCAGCUCGUAGAGAUGCACGAGCAGCUGGGGGGCAUGAUGAGGAGCGUGGUGGUGGAACUGCAAACGCGUCUGGACCACAGCGAUGGUGCACACUGAGGAGCUCAGCAGACAGAAACACUGGGACACAGACAACUUGAGUUUAGUUUCAUCUGUGUGGACAGGAGGUUUUACAGGUCUAGCUCCGACUUUGGGAUGCUUCUCUCCGUUUUUAAUGAAUAUUUGCAGCCAUUUUUUAGCUUGACCUGUUGGGAAGAAACCUUUGAGCAGUUUCACCAUGCUUGGAGGAUUUUAAACAGUGAGUUUUAAUGACCUGCUUCCAUCUGCAGGCUGCGUGACGGCCCAUACACACCUUCUGUCGAUACCCCCCACCCCCAGUGGGCCGUUGUAUAUUUUUUACCUUCAUGUCUGAUUUGCUUUAUAUUUUAGAACGGUGGUACACGAGCGCUACAGCACUGCAUUCUGGUCUGUGCUGCAUGUUUUAUUUGUUAUACAUACUUCAAUAAAAAAAUCCAUCUAGAUUUUAAA